CAAGGUGCCAGGCUGGGGGAGAAGGGACAAAGGUUCUGGAAGGAUAGAACAGGGUGUUAUGGGAUACACAAAGGGGUGUUAUGGGGCACAGGACAGGGUGUUUGUUAUGGGGCACAGAACAGGGUGUUAUGGGGCACAGAGCAGGGUGUUUGUUAUGGGGCACAGGACAGGGUGUUUGUUAUGGGGCACAGAGCAGGGUGUUUGUUAUGGGGCACAGGACAGGGUGUUAUGGGGCACAGGACAGGGUGUUAUGGGGCACAGGACAGGGUGUUUGUUAUGGGGCACAGAGCAGGGUGUUUGUUAUGGGGCACAGGACAGGGUGUUAUGGGGCACAGAUGGAGAGGGUGUUAUGGGGCACAGGACAGGGUGUUAUGGGGCACAGAGUAGGGUGUUUGUUAUGGGGCACAGAGCAGGGUGUUUGUUAUGGGGCACAGAGCAGGGUGUUAUGGGGCACAGAGCAGGGUGUUAUGGGGCACAGAAAGGGUGUUUGUUAUGGGGCACAGGACAGGGUGUUUGUUAUGGGGCACAGAGCAGGGUGUUUGUUAUGGGGCACAGAGCAGGGUGUUAUGGGGCACAGAAAGGGUGUUUGUUAUGGGGCACAGGACAGGGUGUUUGUUAUGGGGCACAGGAGAGGGUGUUUGUUAUGGGGCACAGAGCAGGGUGUUUGUUAUGGGGCACAGAGCAGGGUGUUAUGGGGCACAGGACAGGGUGUUAUGGGGCACAGAGCAGGGUGUUUGUUAUGGGGCACAGAGCAGGGUGUUAUGGGGCACAGAGCAGGGUGUUUGUUAUGGGGCACAGAGCAGGGUGUUUGUUAUGGGGCACAGGACAGGGUGUUUGUUAUGGGGCACAGAGCAGGGUGUGAUGGGGCACAGGACAGGGUGUUAUGGGGCACAGAGCAGGGUGUUAUGGGGCACAGAGCAGGCUGUUAUGGGGCACAGAUGGAGAGGGAAGGCAGGAGCAGAGGGCAGUGGUGGAGAGCUCCAGGCAGGGCAGUGUUGGAUGGAAGGGGAGAGGAUCCCUGGGCAGUGCAGGGAUGUGCCAGGCCAGCUGGGAAGGGCAGUGGAUGGCCCAGCACAGCCAUGUGUGGAUGGGACAUGGCUGCUGAGCUCUGCCCAGCUCCUGUUUCCCUCUGGGUGUCCCCAUUCCAUACCUGUGCUUUGCUCCCUCGCCCUCCCUCACCUGUCCUGAGUGCAGGAGCACCAAGAGGAGCAGGGACCAGGCCAGCAGCAAAGAGCAGCCUGCCCACAACAGUGCUGGAGUCUCCUUCCCUGGGGGAUUCCAAACCCACCUGGCCACGUCCCUGAGUAACUGCUCCAGGUCCCUUCCAGCCUCACCACCCUGUGCAGGAAUUCUCUGUUUCCAGAGGACAUUCCCCACCUGCAAUCCUGCCUGACCUGCCCUUGGCUGACCCAGGAGAGCCAGGGGUCACCUCCUCAUGCACAGGGAUCUCAUCCAUCACAGGGAUGUCCCCACGCCACCAUGCCAGGGACACCAGAGCUGCCCCACCAGCUUCCCUCCCCCUGAGAGCCGUGCAGGACACCAAGGGCUGUCCCUGCAGCUGCUGGGCAGGAUUCAACCCCCAGAGCCCUCCUGGCUUCCUCCUCUCACCCAUCACCAUGCCAGUCCAGUCCUCCACACCCCACCAGGCAGUCUGUCCCAACCAGGAGGUGACAGAGGUGACCUCCGUGUGCCAUUGUCAGGGGACAGCGAUGCCAUCGCUGCCCUGGGUGUCACCUCCUUGUCCCACAUUUCCCUGUCCCUUCAGCUGCAGAUGGAGCCUCUGGAAGGGGGUGGAGAUUUCCAGAUUUCCAGAUUUCCACCUCUGGCUGUGUCAGGAGCUGCACACCCACAGUCAGCGAUGGGAGCCUCGCUGGGGCUGUCUCCAGUGUCCCCAGAGCGUCCCCAGAGCGUGGCACAGCUGGACAAAGCCCUGUGGCCUUUGGGUGACUUGGCCUGGUGACUCUGCAAGCCCUGGGGAUGGAGCCGUGCCAGCCGUGCCCACAGUGGGCGAGGUGUCCCUGCUGCCACCAGAGUCGACGCAGGCUGGGGAGUCCCUCAGGGGGGCUCUGACAAGGCACUGCCACCACAAAGUCUCCCAAUCCACGCAGAGAUCUCCAAAUUCCCUGGGAUCCAGCACAGCAAAGCCAGCACAGGGGUUAGGGCAGCCGGGAUGGAGCAGUGUCCUGGUGCUGUCACCAUGCCCAGCCCCGUGCC